UCCAUCCUAAACUGUUUGUUUACUCACAUCUCCAAGUGUUGUCGCACAUCUGAAGUCCUCAGCACGACUCUCUUGGCCUCGCUCGUAUCUGACAGGCGUUCAGUCGGAUGAAUGUGUAAACAGAAGGGCGGUCUCAGGUGAGAGGCUUGAGUUUCAGCGGCUUCCGAAGUCUUAUAAUCGAGCCAUCGAGUUCAUCGAUCAGUCAGAGAGAUUGCCUGGGCUGGAAACUUAUCAGAUCUUAGUUUUGUUUUUAUCGAGCGUUUCUGAAGAAUGAACGGGCAUUUUCUAUCGGUGUCACUUUGGUUGAACUUUUAAGUUCUGUUGGACACCUUUAGGAGCGUGUUUGUACAUUUAAACAUGGAGGAACUAAAAUCCCCGGUGGGCUUUUUCCACAAGUCCUCAUUCAGCAUCAGCAGCUUACUGCUCCGACACGAGCGCGCGAGGACCGACGCGACCACCACGCCAGAAGCACCGCGCUCCCGCGCCGCGAAGCCGCCUGCGCGCUCAAAUCAGCCAAAUGACGGAAAAGACAAACCUAUUAGAGAGCGGAACGACUCUGCCACCAUACCGGCUAAAAAAGAGGUAGUAGGAGAUCCAAAGUGUGAAGGAACCGAUGGACAGGAGAAGAAGAGUAAACCCGAUAAGCCUCCGUUCAGUUAUAACGCGCUUAUCAUGAUGGCCAUCCGCCAGAGUCCGGAGCGACGGCUCACCCUCAACGGCAUCUAUGAGUUCAUCAUGGGCAACUUCCCGUACUACCGAGAAAACCGGCAGGGCUGGCAGAACUCCAUCCGACACAACCUGAGCCUCAACAAGUGCUUCGUCAAGGUCCCUCGCCACUACGACGACCCUGGGAAAGGAAACUACUGGAUGCUGGACCCGUCCAGUGAUGAUGUGUUCAUCGGAGGAACCACCGGGAAACUCAGGCGCCGGUCUACCGCGGCGUCCCGCGCCAAGCUGGCCAUGAAGAGAGACGCUCGGCUGACCUCCACCUCCGCUGCCGCCGGGCUUGCGUUCGCCGGCUCGUUUUACUGGCCCGUCCCGCCGUUCGUGACGCUCCAGCAUCGCCAGCCGAACCCCGCGGCGCACCACAACAACUACGCCGCGUCGGUUCUGUCCCAAAGCUCGCGUCACUUCAGCUCGGUCGGUCCCGCAGCGGAAAGACUUCUUCUCCCGUCCGGUCAAGAGCCAGCUUAUUGUGGGAUGGGUUGUGACCAGAUGACCUCCGCCUCCUCCUUCUCCACAUCUGCGUCCGUGCCUCUGUCCCUCCCUGCGCCCUGCUCUUUUAAUUUACUCUCCAAUCAGUCCAGUUACUUUUACUCUCAUCAGGUGCCUCACACAGCGGGACUGUCGCCCUGGUCGCGCGAAGAAUCGUACUUCUCCAAAACAUCUCCUUCUGGACAGUUUUUCCCGGGAAAGCCAUCUCCUUCUCCCGACUACAUUGGAGGACUAUGUACAGACAUUCCCAGUUAUUUUCCUCAUUUUAACACUGCCACCUCAAUGCACUGAAAAGCUUGCAAUUUGUUUUUAUUUGAUUAAAAACUUUUUAUCUUUUAAAUUAUUUAUUAUUAUUAUUAUUAUUAUUAUUAUUAUUAUUA